AUGGAAGAGACGUAUCUGCUUAACCAUCCCGGAGUGAAGAAGAAGAUUCUGCACGGAGGUCAGGGACCGUUGCCGCAUUUUCCAAAGGGAACUAAGCUGGUGUUCCACUUCCAGACUCUUUUGGAUAACUUUGAAAGAACAGUCAUAGAUGACAGUCGCAAAAACAAGCGUCCCGCUGAAAUUUUUGUGGGGAAGAUGUUCAAGAUGGAGGUGUGGGAGGUGCUCCUAACCUCCAUGAGGAUCGGAGAAGUGGCUGAGUUCUGGUGUGAUGCCGUACACACAGGCCUUUACCCAAUGGUCUCAAAGGGGAUGCGAUUGAUUGCUCAGGGGAAGGACCCUUUGGAGGGCCAGAAACACAUGUGUGGCAUGGGCAACAUGUUUCACUACCACUCCACAGGCUUUCCAGAGCUCGAUGAGAUAAUGAGGACACCACAGCCUUUAAUCUUCAUUAUGGAGCUCAUCCAGGUAGGCGACCCGUUUUCCUACCAGCGUGAAUCGUGGAUGAUGGAGAAAGAUGAGAAGUUGAAGGCUGUGCCUUCGCUUCAUUACCUGGGCAACGCAUUGGUCAAGCAGGGCCGGUUUCGGGAAGCUGCCGAGAAGUACCAGGAAGCUGUGGUUUUGCUCCGUACGGUCCAAUCCAGGGAGAUGCCAGGAGAUGAAGACUAUGUUAAUCUGGGCAAGCUCAUCAUUCCUCUAGUUCUGAACUACUGUCAGUGUAUGUUAGAGUUAGAGGAAUAUUACGAGGUCAUUCAACACACAACCGAGCUCCUGGACAAACACAAAGACUGCGUCAAAGCCUACUACAAGAGAGCAAAGGCAUAUUCGGCCGUGUGGAGUGAGCGGGAGGCCAGAAAAGACUUCCUGAUGGUGGCCAACCUAGAUGUAACACUGUCCAAGCUGGUGCACAGAGAACUGACUCUUCUCUCCGAAAGAAUGAAAGAAAAAUACUGGGAGGAUAAAGAAAGAUACUGGAACAUUCUUGAAGAAAAAGAAGAGGAACCAGAGGAGGGAGGGGAAAGCUUGGAUAGCGGCGCAAUGCAUUUAAAAGAGGAAAGCCGAGGAGAACGCUCUCAACCCUCUGAAGAGGUCACAGGGGCAGAGGAGGAAAUGAAGAGAUCAGCAGUAGAGAAAAACAAGCGUGACACCAAAAGUGAAGAGUCGGCAGCGGGAGCCAAUAGCAGGAUAACAGCUCUGACCGAUGGGAAGGACUGGCAGCAGAUGCUACGGUUAAUUAUGCUGCUCCAAGAUGAAGGCAAUUUCUAUGUGAAGGAGCAUCGAUACGAGGAGGCGAGUGCCAAGUUCAAGGAGGCUCUGGAGUAUACAGACCAUCUCCAAACGAAGGUGGAACAUAAAGGGGAAGACUGGGAAUCUCUGGAGAAAGUUCGUCUGGCACUCUGUCUAAACCUCAGUCAGUGUAAGCUGGAGCUUGGGGAAUACUGCGAAGUGGUGCAACUCAACAGUAAACUGCUGAAGACGCAUAAAGAUAAUUUGAAGGCAGUGUACCAGCGGGCCCGGGCUCACUCGGCAUUAUUCAACGAGGAUGAAGCCCGUCGAGAUUUCGCUAUGGUUCUGCGUCUGGAUCCCAAGUUCAAACCUAUCGUUAAGCAGGAGAUUAAGAAGAUGAGCGAUAACCUCAGAGCAAAGUAUAUUAGCGAGAACAAAAACUACUGGACCAGCACCUAUGAGAAGUGGGAGAAGAAGCUGCAGACCAGUAGGAGAAAGAAGGAGAAGAAAAAAGCGAAACAAGAGGGUGAGAAUAAAAUGUCAUCACUUCAAAACAAAACCGAAGGACAACAGACAUCAAACGGUAGUGGCAAUACAGACGAGAACGCCGGUGUUGAGGCCGGUAAUAAAAAUGAAGGACAGGGUGAGAACAAAAACAGUCUGAACAAAGAACAGAGCUCUCUGACCCUAAAGAAAGAAAAUGAAAAAACUGAUAAUAAUGCAGUAGAUAAAGAAUAUUUAGUCCGAAACACUGUCACAGAUGCAAAAGAUAGACAAGGAUCCGAAACAGAUAGCAGGGAGGAAGCUCUACUUAUCAAUGACAUUACAAAGAAAAAAGAUGACCAAGAUGAGACCACCAAUAAAGAGGAAGGAAAGCCAGGCAAAAGGGAAAGCACUCAAGCAUCAGGGGAAGAAAGACCGGAGGAGCACAGAGACACGAGUGGUGAUGGUUUAACAGAGAGAAGAAAGACACAUACAGAAUUGAAGAUGGAGGAGGUUAGUGUUGAGGCAUCAUUCACAAACCCAGAAAAAUCCAUUCGUAGUGUCAAACGCAAACAAAAGAAGAAAAAUAAGUCUGUAGUGAAAAAAUAAAAUUCUCAC